GGUGAGGACGCCAUCUAGUAGUUUGGUGAAACGUCAUCUGGAAAUUGCAAGAAAUUGGUUUUGCUUGGGUUUGUUUUGGUUUCCCUGUUAGCUUUGAUCAAUUUAUUAAUCGUUAUUUAUCAUGUCUUUGUCGCGAGGUUUUAAUUUAGUACGUAGUUUAACUUCUGUACGUCGUUUGACUACCUCUACUCCACGAUUAAGUGAUAAAUUAUUUGUUCAUCGAAACACUGAUCCAGAUGUGGAUAAAUUUGAAUGGAAUGCUGAAAACAAAAAGAAAGCUGAAGAGAUUACUUCAAUAUAUCCUGAAGGACACAAAGCCGGAGCUAUAAUGCCUUUACUUGAUUUAGCACAACGUCAACAUGAUAAUUGGCUGCCUUUAAAGGCUAUGAAUUUCGUUGCUGACUAUCUUAAAGUACCCAGAAUGAGAGUUUAUGAAGUAGCUACUUUCUACACCAUGUACAACCGUCAGCCAGUUGGUAAAUAUUUUGUUCAAGUUUGUACUACAACUCCAUGUAUGCUUCGAGGUGGUGAUGAUUUAUUUCAUCAUGUUAAAGAAAUUUGCAAAGACGACAAGUUGUUUACAGUAAUCGAAGUCGAAUGUUUGGGUGCUUGCGUAAAUGCUCCCAUGUUGCAAAUUAACGAUGAUUAUUACGAAGACUUGACCUUGGAUGAAGCAACUCAAAUCAUUAACGAUCUCAGGGCCGGUAAAAAGCCCAAAAUAGGUCCCGCAGCAAGUAGUGGUAGACAAAACUGCGAACCAAAAGGUGGUUUAACAUCAUUAACAUCGCCACCUCCUGGUCCAGGCUUUAAAGUAAGGCCUGACCUUUAAUUUUAUCGGUUUACAUUCACAAUUUUUUGUUGUCUUUAGUCCUUAGAUUGUAAGUUAAUUUCAAAUGAUUGAAAAAAACUAUUAUAUCGUUUGUUCAAGAAAUCAAAUUCGAGAUGUACAUUAAACAUUGUAAAACAAAAAAUUGAUAAUAAUAAUUUUAAGUUAAGUU